AUGGCGGAUCCUCUGAGUUUAUUACGUCAAUACAAUGUUAAUAAGAAAGAAAUCAUUGAACGUGAAGGACAGAUUAUUUUUGGUGAAUUUUCCUGGCCCAAAAAUGUUAAAACCAAUUACCUUAUGUAUGGAUCUGGAAAAGAUGGUACAUCCAAAGAUUAUUAUACACUGGAAUGUCUUCUUUUCAUUUUGAAAAAUGUAUCACUUACCCAUCCUGUAUAUGUGAGACAAGCUGCUGCAGAGAAUAUACCAGUUGUAAGAAGACCUGAUAGAAAAGAACUACUUGCUUAUCUAAAUGGGGAAACAGCAAGUUGUCCAGCUAUAGACAAAAGUGCCCCAUUAGAAAUUCCCACACAGGUAAAAAGAUCAGCAGAUUAUGAUGGGCCAGAAAGCUUGGCAAAGAAGCCUCGAUUUGAGGAUACCCAUGUACAAAAAGUCAGAGAAAAAUUGGCUGCAAAACUGGAUGGACCAAAAGAGUCAUCUGUUACUGUUGAUAAUAUCAAAUCACUCUCUGAUGCUAUGUCUGUGGAGAAAAUUGCUGCCAUAAAAGCUAAAAGGUUAGCUAAGAAAAGGACUACUAUCAAAGGUAAUGAUGACACUGGACAGGAAUAUGAUAUCAGUGCCAUCUUGGAUUUGGAUGUGGAUAUAACCAAAGAUAUUAUUAGCCGUGAAAGGCAGUGGAGGACAAGGACUACAAUACUCCAAUCUACAGGAAAGAUCUUUUCAAAAAAUAUUCUGGCUAUGCUAGCCAGUAUAAAAGCCAGAGAAGAGGGCAGACAAAGGCCACCUCAGCAGCCACCAACUGUCACUCCCAGACAAACACCUAUUAGAGCUACUGCUCAGCCUUCUGUCUAUAACAGAUAUGAUCAGGAAAGAUUCAACAGGCAGAAAGAAGUAACCGAGGGCUUCCAAAUCAACACCAUGGGCACCUAUCACGGCAUGUCGCUGAAAUCGGUGACGGAAGGGUCAGCGAAGGCCAACAGGCCGACGCCCGCCCAGCCGCAGACGCCGCUGCCGGUCAGCGCGGCCCGACCGCCGCCGGGCGGGCUCCAGAAGCGCGUGUCCAAAACGCCCAUCAUCAUUAUACCGGCCGGCACGAACAGCUUGAUCUCCAUGUACAACGUCAAGGACAUUCUACAAGAUUUGAGGUUCGUGACGCAAGAACAGAAAAAAGCCGAGGGCGGCAAAAGGGACAACGAAGUGCUGAUCCAGCGGCAGAGGAACGGGCAAACGGUGCCCUACAGGGUGGUCGACAAUCCGGCGAAAUUGAGUCCGAGCGAUUGGGACAGGGUGGUGGCCGUUUGGGUCAUGGGGCCGGCCUGGCAAUUCAAGGGCUACCCCUGGGAGACGCCCGUUGAGAUUUUCGACAAAAUUGCUGCUUUCCAUAUCAAAUACGAUGAGAUGAAAAUGGAUCCGAACGUCGAAAAGUGGGCCGUUACAGUUAUCCAACUGUCGAGAACAAAAAGACAUUUGGACAGAGCUGCUUUGAUGAUAUUCUGGGAGAAAUUGGACAGGCAUAUUAUGUCGCAUAAGCCGCAUUUAAGAUGGUGA